GGUUUCAGGAAACGAAAAUUUUUGAGACAGAGCAAACUAGGGUUUUACGGGCAUUUUUCCGUUCGUUCUCUCUCACCCUCUGCGAGCAAGAGCUAGAGGAACCUGUGCGAGCAAGAGCAACCCCAGAGCGAGCAAGAGCAGCAACCUCUCAAUCAGCACUGCAGGAGCACUAGUCAGUGGUGAAAAUGAGUUUUAUUUCCCAGAAUGUUUCCUCAAAAAAUCGUCCUGAUAAAAGAAAUGCGGAGGAAAGUGGGUCAAAUGUGGAGAAGGAAAAUGGGUCUUUAACUGUGAGAGAUGGUGAGGAAAAAGAAAAUGUGUACGAAACUGAUAUGGGUAGCUUGAAAAAUGCGAAGAGAAGAAAAACUGAGGAAAGAAGUCUUCGGGAGAAGAAUGAAGCCAAGAGGCUCGAGGAGUUCCUCUUUGGAUCCCUUUAUGCUCCUCUGGAGUUUGGAAAUGAAGAAAAAGAGGAAAUUACAGAUACAAAGGAAGAAGCAGGAGCUUUUCUAAUUAUGGACAAGUCUCGAGAGGCUUAUGAUCUGGUACCUAAGGAUAUCUUGGAAGCCCAACCAAUAAAAGGAGAGAGAAAACCUGCCUGGACAGACGAAUCCGAAGCAAAUACAGAGAUUGAUUUAGCAAAAGUAAGUAGGCUGAGGAAAUUGAGAAGAGAAGCCCAUGAGAUUGUGAUUUCGGGGGCUGAUUAUGUUUCAAGGUUGAGGUCUCAGCACACAAAACUGAAUCCUGGAACUGAGUGGGCUCAACUUGGUAGAAUGAAACUGAGCCAUGGUGAAGAUUCUGAUGAUGAAGAUGAUGAGGGGUUUGAGGUGGCACAAGGUUACUCUGAGGAAGAUAAUGAUAUUUUAAGGACAAGUGAAGAUCUUGUGGUGAAGGAUGGAACAAAGCUAUUGCCUGGAAUUCUUGAGUUUUCAAGGCUUAGUAAUGCAAAUGCUGAGGACCCAUCAAAUGCCCCCAUCCAUUCGGUCGAGUUCCAUAGAAAUGCCCAACUGUUACUCACUGCUGGAUUAGAUAGAAGAGUGAGGUUCUUUCAAAUUGAUGGGAAAAGAAACCCUAAGAUACAAAGCAUAUUUAUAGAAGAUUGUCCAAUCCGAAAGGCAGGUUUCUUGCCUGAUGGAUCACAGGCAAUAAUAUCUGGAAGAAGGAAGUUCUUUUACAGCUUGGACAUCGUGAAUGCAAAGCUAGAUAAGAUAGGUCCUUUGAUAGGUAGAGAGGAAAGGAGCCUAGAAAACUUUGAAAUCUCACCUGAUUCAAGCACCAUUGCGUUUUUGGGUCGUGAAGGCUACAUUCUCUUGGUUUCAUCGAAAACAAAGCAGUUGAUAGGGACACUGAAAAUGAAUGGGACUUCUCAUGCUUUGGCCUUUGCUGAUGAUGGGAGGCAGCUCUUGAGCACAGGUGGUGAUGGGCAUAUUUACCAUUGGGAUCUCAGAAUGAGGAGGUGUUUCCAUAAGGGUGUUGAUGAGGGAUGUGUUAAUGGAACUGCUAUUAGUGCUUCUCCAAAUAGUAAGUUGUUUGCUGCUGGUUCAGAUAGCGGAAUUGUGAAUGUUUAUGAUAGAGAAGACUUUCUUGGAGGCAAGAGAAAGCCAUUAAAGGCUAUAACCAAUUUAACAACAAGGGCGGAUGUUUUGAAAUUUAACUGUGAUUCUAGGGUUUUGGCUAUUUGUUCAAAGAUGAAGAAGAAUGGCUUGAAACUUGUUCAUGUUCCAUCUUUGAGUGUGUUUUCAAAUUGGCCUGCUCCAAAUAGUACUUUACACUUUCCGAGCUGCCUGGACUUCAGUCCGGGUGGGGGUUUUAUGGCAGUCGGAAACAGUGGAGGGAAAGUUUUCCUGUACAAGCUCCACCAUUAUCAACAUGCCUGAGUGGACCCUAAUGGAUUGGGGCAUCUUUGUAAUGUACUUUCUAACUUGCGGAAUCAAAUGUUUCACUUAUCAAGUGAGCUAUUUCGUUCUCUUCUUUUGAUUCGAUUUGCACCUAGCUGGAGUUGUGGCUUAAUUAUUUUGGAAUAUGAUGAAAGUUUAAAUUGCCCAAAUUUAUUUAUUUAUUUUCUAGAAUGUUUAACUUUUGUAUUAUGGAAGUUAAGUUUUUUAUUA